ACAUCAAACUACACAGGCAAGGUUUGGAUUGGUCUGCACGAUGACUUGGAGAACAGCUGGAAGUGGUCCUUAAAUGACAGCAGCUUCUAUGUGGAAAGAGAGCAAACCUUCAAAAACUGGCAACUUAACAAACCAAACAACCUGAAUGGACAACAGUACUGUGUCGCAUAUCUGAGUGGAAACUCAUCCCAAGGCAAAUGGGAUGACCGUGACUGCAAUGAAGAACAUGGUUUUGUGUGCUACAAUGGGACAGUAAACGGAAAUGCCUCAUUCGUUGUUGGUGAUGCAACACUAAAUUGGACUGAAGCCCAGAAAUACUGCAGGCAGAAUUUUGUUGAUUUAGCCAGCAUUUGGAAUCAAACAGAAAAUGAUGUCAUCAACAAGCUAGCAAACGGUAGUUGUGUGUGGAUCGGUCUGUAUCGUCAUAAAGUGUGGUCAGAUGGGAGCAACACAGUCUUUAAACAUUGGGCUGAAAAUCAACCAGACCAGGGGGACCAGAAGUGCAUCGCUGCAUCUUUCAGUGACUCAGGACGAUGGUCGGAUGAAACUUGUUCCCAGAGUUUUCCCUUCGUCUGUUAUGGACCAAUUUUGUCAAAUGCAGAAGGUUUCGUACCAUUCAGUCAAAAUGAGACCAGCAUCACUCUGCAGUGGAAUAGAGGGAACAGCAAUGACAGCUUUGUUCUCCAGUUUAAUGGAACAGAGACAAACAUCAGUGCACCAGAUGGAGAUGGACCAAUGUAUUACACUGUUUCAUCCCUCACUGCUGGAACCAAGUACACCUUCACUCUCUUUUCUCGCUCCUCUCUCGCUAGAGUCAACAUCACUGCAGCAACUGCUCCUCAAAAUGUGGAAACUUUCAGAAUAAUUCAAAAAACUGACAGCAGCGUCACUUUGCAGUGGAGUAAAGUGAACUUUGCCAGCUAUGUUCUCCAGUACAAUCAAGGAUGGAAGAAUAUUUCUGCCUCAGAUGGAGAUGGACCAAUAACUUAUACAGUUACUUCUCUCAGUGCAAACACUGAAUACACUUUUACUCUUUUCUCUGUGUUUGAAAACGCCAGAAGUGGUGGAGUUCAGCUUCAAGCUUUAACUGAUGAGCCGUAUUCUCAAUGUGGACAGACGUUUUGUCCUCCAGACCAGGACUGUGUCAUCAUCAAUGGAACAGCUCAGUGUGGUGAAGCCUGUGAACAUUACACUGAACUGAAUGAUAACUGGCUUUCUGAAUAUAACAUAAAUGGAAAUUCAUACUGUAGAGGAAGCUACUCCUCCCCUGAAGGCUGGUAUCGCAUGUUUGUGGGACAAACCAGCGCUCAGAUUCCUGAAACUUGUCUACAAGACAGUAGAUGCAGCAGUUAUAACCAUUUGCAGAUGACACAACCUCAUCCAACUCAAUACAAUCAAACUGUAACACGCUCUCUGUGUUAUAGUUAUGACAGUUACUGUUGCUAUUACACAUCAGACACUAUUAAGGUCAAACUCUGCUAUGGAGACUUCUAUGUCUACAAACUUCAAAGACUGCCAGGAUGCAACACUGCAUAUUGUGCAGUUCCAAAGCACAGCUUCAGAGCAGCUGGUCAAGAUGAAACCAGCAUCACUCUACGGUGGAACAAAGUCAACAACAGUGUCAGCUUUGUUCUCCUGUUUAAUGGCACAGAAACAAACAUCAGUGCUCCAGCUGCAGAUGACUCUGUAACUUACACAGUGUCAUCUCUGACUGCUGCAACUAAACACACAUUCACUCUGUUCUCUGUGUUUGACAAUGUCAGAAGCAGUGGAAUCAGCAUUGAUGCAGUCACUGCUCCUCCAAACCUACAAACACUCAGUUUACUUGGAACAAGUUUCAACAGCAUCACUCUGCAGUGGAGUAAAGUGAACAAUGCCAGUUAUGUACUGGAGUAUAAUAAUGGACGAAGGAUCAUUCCUGCAUCAGAUGGAGAUGGACCAGUCACUUACACUGUCUCAUCUCUCAGUGCUGGCACUUCAUACUAUUUCAGUCUCUACUCUGUGUUUGAGAAUGCCAGAAGUUAUGAGUCAGUUUCUCUAGAAAUUUCUACUGAUCAGCAAAAUGUUUCAUGUGGACAGACUGUUUGUCCUCCAGACCAGGACUGUGUCAUCAUCAAUGGAACAGCUCAGUGUGGAGAAGCCUGUGAACAUUACACUGAACUCAAUGAUAACUGGCUUUCUCAAUAUAACAUCAAUGGAAAUUCCUACUGUAGUGGAUACUACUACUCUCCUGAAGGCUGGUAUCGCAUGUUUGUGGGACAAACCAGCGCUCAGAUUCCUGAAACUUGUGUACAAGACAGCAGAUGCAGCAGUUAUAACCGUUUCCAGAUGACACAACCUCAUCCAACUCAAUACAAUCAAACUGUAACACGCACUUUGUGUAAUAGUCAUGGUAGUUACUGCUGCUCCGAAACAUCGUCAGACACUAUUAAGAUCAAACUCUGCUAUGGAGAUUUCUAUGUCUACAAACUUCAAAGACUCCCAGGAUGCUACACUGCAUAUUGUGCAGUUCCAAAGCACAGCUUCAGAGCAGCUGGUCAAGAUCAAACCAGCAUCACUCUACGGUGGAACAAAGUCAACAACAGUGUCAGCUUUGUUCUCCUGUUUAAUGGCACAGAAACAAACAUCAGUGCUCCAGCUGCAGAUGACUCUGUAACUUACACAGUGUCAUCUCUGACUGCUGCAACUAAAUACACAUUCACUCUCUUCUCUGUGAUUGACAAUGUCAGAAGCAGUGGAAUCAGCAUUGAUGCAGUCACUGCUCCUCCAAAUGCAGAAAUGUUCAGUUCAAUUGAAAAAAAUGACACCAGUGUCACUCUGCAGUGGAGUAAGGCAAAAUACAGUGGCUAUUUUCUUGAUGCUGAUUAUCAAGACAGGAUCUUUGCUGCAUCAGAUGCUGAUGGACCAACAGUCUUUACAGUCUCCCCUCUCUAUCCUGCCACUAAAUACACAUUCACUCUUUUCUCUGUAUUUGAGAACACCAGAAGCAGUGGAGUUCAACUGACCGUCAUUACCGACCAUCGACAUCUUCCUUGUGGAGAAACAUUUUGUGCUCCUGACCUGAACUGCUUCAUUAAUAAUGGAAGUGCUCAGUGCGUCGACCCCUUUCCUAAUCAUAGUUUUCGAGUAUCAGGACAAACUGAGACCAGCAUCACUCUUCAGUGGGAUAAUGUAAAUAACAACAAUGUCAGCUUCAUCUUAGAGUUUAAUGGAACUGAAACAAACAUCAGUGCACCAAAUGGAGAUGGACAAAUAUUUUACACAAUCACAUCUCUGACUGCUGGAACUAAAUAUACAUUCACCAUCUUCUCUGUGUUUGAGAACGUCAGAGGCAGUCCUAUCAAAAUGACUGCAGUUACUGCUCCUCAAGUUCCACAGAAUCUCAGGCAAUUAACACAGAAUGAGAGCAGCAUCACUCUGCAGUGGAACAAAGUGAACAACGUCAGCUUUAUUCUUCAGCUUGAUGGCACAGAAACCAGCAUCACUGCCACAGAUGGAGAUGGACCAGUAACUUACACAUUCUCAUCCCUGACGGCUCAGACUAAAUACACGGUUAUUCUCUUCUCUGUGUUUGAGAACGUCAGAAGCAGCGGACAAAAACUCACAGUGGUCACUGCUCCUCCAAAUGCCAAAAACUGUAAAGCAUCAGGACAAAAUGAGUCGAGCAUCACUCUGCAGUGGGAUAAAGUGAACGCCAAUGUCAGCUUUGUUCUUCAGUUUAACGGCACAGAGACAAACAUCAGUGCUCCAGCUGGAGAUGCAGUGAUCCACCACACCGUCUCAUCUCUCACUGCUGGAACUAAAUACACAUUCACUCUGUUCUCUGUGUUUGAGAACGUCAGAAGUACUGGAGUGAACAUCACAGCAGCAACCGAUCAGCCAUAUUUUCCAUGUGGACAGACUGUUUGUCCUCCAGGCCAGGACUGUGUCAUCAUCAAUGGAACAGCUCAGUGUGGUGAAGCCUGUCAACAUUACACUGAACUGAAUGAUAACUGGCUUUCUGACUAUAACAUCAAUGGAAAUUCAUACUGUAGAGGAUACUACUCCUCCCCUAGAGGCUGGUAUCGUAUGUUUGUGGGACAAACCAGCGCUCAGAUUCCUGAAAUUUGUGUACAAGACAGCAGAUGCAGCAGUUAUGGCCGUUACCAGAUGACACAACCUCAUCCAACUCAAUACAAUCAAACUGUAACACGCUCUUUGUGUCAAAGUUAUGACAGUUCCUGUUGCUCCUACACAUCCUCAUACAGUAUUAAGGUCAAACUCUGCUUUGGAGACUUCUAUGUCUACAAACUUCAAAGACUCCCAGGAUGCAACAUUGCAUAUUGUGCAGUUCCAAAGCACAGCUUCAGAGCAGCUGGUCAAGAUGAAACCAGCAUCACGCUACGGUGGAACAAAGUCAACAACAGUGUCAGCUUUGUUCUCCUGUUUAAUGGCACAGAAACAAACAUCAGUGCUCCAGCUGCAGAUGACUCUGUAACUUACACAGUGUCAUCUCUGACUGCUGCAACUAAAUACACAUUCACUCUCUUCUCUGUGAUUGACAAUGUCAGAAGCAGUGGAAUCAGCAUUGAUGCAGUCACUGCUCCUCCAAAUGUAAAAACAUUCAUUUUACUUGGAACAAGUUUCAACAGCAUCACUCUGCAGUGGAGUAAAGUGAACAAUGCCAGUUAUGUCCUGGAGUAUAAUAAUGGACGGAGGAUCAUUCCUGCAUCAGAUGGAGAUGGACCAGUCACUUACACUGUCUCAUCUCUCAGUGCUGGCACUAGAUACUCAUUCUAUCUCUACUCUGUGUUUGAGAACGCCAGAAGUAAUCCAGUGGAUUUAUAUGCUUUUACUGAUCAGCAAAAUGUUUCAUGUGGACAGACCUUCUGUCCUCCAGGCCAGGACUGUGUCAUCAUCAAUGGAACAGCUCAGUGUGGUGAAGCCUGUCAACAUUACACUGAACUCAAUGAUAACUGGCUUUCUCAAUAUAACAUAUAUGGAAACUCAUACUGUAGUGGAAGCUACUACUCCCCUGAAGGCUGGUAUCGUAUGUUUGUGGGACAAACCAGCGCUCAGAUUCCUGAAACUUGUGUACAAGACAGCAGAUGUAGCAAUUAUAGCAGUUACCAGAUGACACAACCUCAUCCAACUCAAUACAAUCAAACUGUAACACGCCCUUUGUGUUAUAGUUAUGGUAGUUCCUGUUGCUCUGACACAUCCUCAUACAGUAUUAAGGUCAAACUCUGCUUUGGAGAUUUCUAUGUCUACGAACUUCAAACACUCCCAGGAUGCAACACUGCAUAUUGUGCAGUUCCAAAGCACAGCUUCAGAGCAGCUGGUCAAGAUGAAACCAGCAUCACUCUACGGUGGAACAAAGUCAACAACAGUGUCAGCUUUGUUCUCCUGUUUAAUGGCACAGAAACAAACAUCAGUGCUCCAGCUGCAGAUGACUCUGUAACUUACACAGUGUCAUCUCUGACUGCUGCAACUAAAUACACAUUCACUCUCUUCUCUGUGAUUGACAAUGUCAGAAGCAGUGGAAUCAGCAUUGAUGCAGUCACUGCUCCUCCAAAUGUAAAAACAUUCAGUUUACUUGGAACAAGUUUCAACAGCAUCACUCUGCAGUGGAGUAAAGUGAACAAUGCCAGUUAUGUCCUGGAGUAUAAUAAUGGACGGAGGAUCAUUCCUGCAUCAGAUGGAGAUGGACCAGUCACUUACACUGUCUCAUCUCUCAGUGCUGGCACUAGAUACUCAUUCUAUCUCUACUCUGUGUUUGAGAACGCCAGAAGUAAUCCAGUGUAUCUAUACGCUUUUACUGAUCAGCAAAAUGUUUCAUGUGGACAGACCUUUUGUCCUCCAGGCCAGGACUGUGUCAUCAUCAAUGGAACAGCUCAGUGUGGAGAAGCCUGUCAACAUUACACUGAACUGAAUGAUAACUGGCUUUCUCAAUAUAACAUAUAUGGAAAUUCAUACUGUAGUGGAAGAUACUAUUCUGCUGAAGGCUGGUAUCGCAUGUUUGUGGGACAAACCAGCGCUCAGAUUCCUGAAACUUGUGUACAAGACAGCAGAUGCAGCAGUUCUAGCCAUUUGCAGAUGACACAACCUCAUCCAACUCAAUACAAUCAAACUGUAACACGCUCUUUGUGUCAAAGUUAUGGCAGUUCCUGCUGCACCUACACAUCAGACACUAUUAAGGUCAAACUCUGCUAUGGAGAUUUCUAUGUCUACAAACUUCAAAGACUCCCAGGAUGCAACACUGCAUAUUGUGCAGUUCCAAAGCACAGCUUCAGAGCUGCUGGUCAAGAUGAAACCAGCAUCACUCUACGGUGGAACAAAGUCAACAACAGUGUCAGCUUUGUUCUCCUGUUUAAUGGCACAGAAACAAACAUCAGUGCUCCAGCUGCAGAUGACUCUGUAACUUACACAGUGUCAUCUCUGACUGCUGCAACUAAAUACACAUUCACUCUCUUCUCUGUGAUUGACAAUGUCAGAAGCAGUGGAAUCAGCAUUGAUGCAGUCACUGCUCCUCCAAACCUACAAACACUCAGUUUACUUGGAACAAGUUUCAACAGCUUCACUCUGCAGUGGAGUAAAGUGAACAAUGCCAGUUAUGUCCUGGAGUAUAAUAAUGGACGAAGGAUCAUUCCUGCAUCAGAUGGAGAUGGACCAGUCACUUACACUGUCUCAUCUCUCAGUGCUGGCACUUAUUACUCAUUCAAUCUCUACUCUGUGUUUGAGAAUGCCAGAAGUAAUCAAGUGUAUCUAUAUGCUUUUACUGAUCAACAAAAUAUUUUAUGUGGACAGACCUUUUGUCCUCCAGGCCAGGACUGUGUCAUCAUCAAUGGAACAGCUCAGUGUGGUGAAGCCUGUCAACAUUACACUGAACUGAAUGAUAACUGGCUUUCUGAAAAUAAUAUAAAUGGAAAUUCAUACUGUAGAGGAUACUACUCCUCCCCUGAAGGCUGGUAUCGUAUGUUUGUGGGACAAACCAGCGCUCAGAUUCCUGAAACUUGUGUACAAGACAGCAGAUGCAGCAGUUAUAACCGUUUUCAGAUGAGACAACCUCAUCCAACUCAAUACAACCAAACUGUAACACGCCCUUUGUGUUAUAGUUAUGGUAGUUACUGCUGCUCCUACACAUCAGACAUUAUCAAGGUCAAACUCUGUUAUGGAGAUUUCUAUGUCUACAAACUUCAGACACUCCCAGGAUGCAACACUGCAUAUUGUGCAGUUCCAAAGCACAGCUUCAGAGCAGCUGAUCAAAAUGAAACCAGCAUCACUCUACGGUGGAACAAAGUCAACAACAGUGUCAGCUUUGUUCUCCUGUUUAAUGGCACAGAAACAAACAUCAGUGCUCCAGCUGCAGAUGACUCUGUAACUUACACAGUGUCAUCUCUGACUGCUGCAACUAAAUACACAUUCACUCUCUUCUCUGUGUUUGACAAUGUCACAAGCAGUGGAAUCAGCAUUGAUGCAGUCACUGCUCCUCCAAACCCACAAACAUUCAGUUUACUUGGAACAAGUUUCAACAGCAUCACUCUGCAGUGGAGUAAAGUGAACAAUGCCAGUUAUGUCCUGGAGUAUAAUAAUGGACGAAAGAUCAUUCCUGCAUCAGAUGGAGAUGGACCAGUCACUUACACUGUCUCUUCUCUCAGUGCUGGCACUUCAUACUAUUUCAGUCUCUACUCUGUGUUUGAGAACGCCAGAGGCAGUGAAAUGCAACUUCAGGCUGUUACUGAUCAAUAUGUUUCAUGUGGACAGACUGUUUGUCCUCCAGACCAGGACUGUGUCAUCAUCAAUGGAACAGCUCAGUGUGGAGAAGCCUGCGAACAUUACACUGAACUGAAUGAUAACUGGCUUUCUGAAUAUAACAUCAAUGGAAAUUCAUACUGUAGUGGAAGCUACUAUUUUGCUGAAGGCUGGUAUCGCAUGUUUGUGGGACAAACCAGCGCUCAGAUUCCUGAAACUUGUGUACAAGACAGCAGAUGCAGCAGUUAUGGCCGUUACCAGAUGACACAACCUCAUCCAACUCAAUACAAUCAAACUGUAACACGCUCUCUGUGUCAAAGUUAUUAUGGUUCCUGCUGCUCCUACACAUCAGACACUAUUAAGGUCAAACUCUGCUUUGGAGAUUUUUAUGUCUACAAACUUCAAAGACUCCCAGGAUGCAACACUGCAUAUUGUGCAGUACCAAAGCACAGCUUCAGAGCAGCUGGUCAAGAUCAAACCAGCAUCAGUCUACGGUGGAACAAAGUCAACAACAGUGUCAGCUUUGUUCUCCUGUUUAAUGGCACAGAAACAAACAUCAGUGCUCCAGCUGCAGAUGACUCUGUAACUUACACAGUGUCAUCUCUGACUGCUGCAACUAAAUACACAUUCACUCUCUUCUCUGUGUUUGACAAUGUCAGAAGCAGUGGAAUCAGCAUUGAUGCAGUCACUGCUCCUCCAAAUGUAAAAACAUUCAGUUUACUUGGAACAAGUUUCAACAGCAUCACUCUGCAGUGGAGUAAAGUGAACAAUGCCAGUUAUGUCCUGGAGUAUGAUAAUGGACGAAGGAUCAUUCCUGCAUCAGAUGGAGAUGGACCAGUCACUUACACUGUCUCAUCUCUCAGUGCUGGCACUUAUUACUCAUUUAGUCUCUACUCUGUGUUUGAGAACGCCAGAGGCAGUGAAAUGCAACUUCUGGCUGUUACUGAUGACCAAUAUGUUUCAUGUGGACAGACUGUUUGUCCUCCAGACCAGGACUGUGUCAUCAUCAAUGGAACAGCUCAGUGUGGUGAAGCCUGUGAACAUUACACUGAACUGAAUGAUAACUGGCUUUCUGAAUAUAACAUAAAUGGAAAUUCAUACUGUAGAGGAAGCUACUCCUCCCCUGAAGGCUGGUAUCGCAUGUUUGUGGGACAAACCAGCGCUCAGAUUCCUGAAACUUGUGUACAAGACAGCAGAUGUAGCAGCAGUUAUUAUCAUUUGCAGAUGACACAACCUCAUCCAACUCAAUACAAUCAAACUGUAACACGCUCUUUGUGUUAUAGUUAUGGCAGUUCCUGCUGCUAUUACACAUCCUCAUACACUAUUAAGGUCAAACUCUGCUAUGGAGACUACUAUGUCUACAAACUUCAAAGACUCCCAGGAUGCAACACUGCAUAUUGUGCAGUUCCAAAGCACAGCUUCAGAGCAGCUGGUCAAGAUGAAACCAGCAUCACUCUACGGUGGAACCAAGUCAACAACAGUGUCAGCUUUGUUCUCCUGUUUAAUGGCACAGAAACAAACAUCAGUGCUCCAGCUGCAGAUGACUCUGUAACUUACACAGUGUCAUCUCUGACUGCUGCAACUAAAUACACAUUCACUCUCUUCUCUGUGUUUGAGAAUGUCAGAAGCAGUGGAAUCAGCAUUGAUGCAGUAACUGCUCCUCCAAACCCACAAACAUUCAGUUUACUUGGAACAAGUUUCAACAGCAUCACUCUGCAGUGGAGUAAAGUGAACAAUGCCAGUUAUGUCCUGGAGUAUAAUAAUGGACGAAGGAUCAUUCCUGCAUCAGAUGGAGAUGGACCAGUCACUUACACUGUCUCAUCUCUCAGUGCUGGCACUAGAUACUCAUUCAAUCUCUACUCUGUGUUUGAGAACGCCAAAGGCAGUGAAAUGCAACUUCAGGCUGUUACUGAUCAAUAUGUUUCAUGUGGACAGACUGUUUGUCCUCCAGGCCAGGACUGUGUCAUCAUCAAUGGAACAGCUCAGUGUGGUGAAGCCUGUGAACAUUACACUGAACUGAAUGAUAACUGGCUUUCUGAAUAUAACAUCAAUGGAAAUUCAUACUGUAGUGGAAGCUACUACUCUACUGAAGGCUGGUAUCGCAUGUUUGUGGGACAAACCAGCGCUCAGAUUCCUGAAACUUGUGUACAAGACAGCAGAUGCAGCAGUUAUAACCGUUACCAGAUGACACAACCUCAUCCAACUCAAUACAAUCAAACUGUAACACGCUCUUUGUGUUAUAGCUAUGGCAGUUCCUGCUGUUAUUACACAUCAGACACUAUUAAAGUCAAACUCUGCUAUGGAGACUACUAUGUCUACAAACUUCAAAGACUCCCAGGAUGCAACAUUGCAUAUUGUGCAGUUCCAAAGCACAGCUUCAGAGCAGCUGGUCAAGAUGAAACCAGCAUCACUCUACGGUGGAACAAAGUCAACAACAGUGUCAGCUUUGUUCUCCUGUUUAAUGGCACAGAAACAAACAUCAGUGCUCCAGCUGCAGAUGACUCUGUAACUUACACAGUGUCAUCUCUGACUGCUGCAACUAAAUACACAUUCACUCUCUUCUCUGUGUUUGAGAAUGUCAGAAGCAGUGGAAUCAGCAUUGAUGCAGUCACUGCUCCUCCAAAUCCAAAAACAUUCAUUUUUCUUGGAACAAGUUUCAACAGCAUCACUCUGCAGUGGAGUAAAGUGAACAAUGCCAGUUAUGUCCUGGAGUAUUAUUAUAAUGGACGAAGGAUCAUUCCUGCAUCAGAUGGAGAUGGACCAGUCACUUACACUGUCUCAUCUCUCAGUGCUGGCACUAGAUACUCAUUCAAUCUCUACUCUGUGUUUGAGAACGCCAGAAGUAAUCCAAAGUAUUUAGAUGCUUUUACUGAUGAGCAAAAUAUUUUAUGUGGACAGACCUUUUGUCCUCCAGGCCAGGACUGUGUCAUCAUCAAUGGAACAGCUCAGUGUGGUGAAGCCUGUCAACAUUACUCUGAACUGAAUGAUAACUGGCUUUCUGAAUAUAACAUCAAUGGAAAUUCAUACUGUAGUGGAAACGACUCCUCCCCUAGAGGCUGGUAUCGCAUGUUUGUGGGACAAACCAGCGCUCAGAUUCCUGAAACUUGUGUACAAGACAGCAGAUGUAGCAGCAGUUAUUAUCAUUUGCAGAUGACACAACCUCAUCCAACUCAAUACAAUCAAACUGUAACACGCACUUUGUGUCAAAGUUAUGGCAGUUCCUGUUGCUCCUACACAUCCUCAUACAGUAUUAAGGUCAAACUCUGCUAUGGAGACUACUAUGUCUACAAACUUCAAAGACUCCCAGGAUGCAACACUGCAUAUUGUGCAGUUCCAAAGCACAGCUUCAGAGCAGCUGGUCAAGAUCAAACCAGCAUCACUCUACGGUGGAACAAAGUCAACAACAGUGUCAGCUUUGUUCUCCUGUUUAAUGGCACAGAAACAAACAUCAGUGCUCCAGCUGCAGAUGACUCUGUAACUUACACAGUGUCAUCUCUGACUGCUGCAACUAAAUACACAUUCACUCUCUUCUCUGUGUCUGAGAAUGUCAGAAGCAGUGGAAUCAGCAUUGAUGCAUUCACUGCUCCUCCAAAUGCAGAAAUCUUCAGUUCAAUUAAAAAAAAUGACACCAGUGUCACUCUGCAGUGGAGUAAGGCAAAAUACAGUGGUUAUUUUCUUGAUGCUGAUUAUCAAGACAGGAUCUUUGUUACAUCAGAUGCUGAUGGACCAACAGUCUUUACAGUCUUCCCUCUCUAUCCUGCCACUAAAUACACAUUCACUCUUUUCUCUGUAUUUGAGAACACCAGAAGCAGUGGAGUUCAACUGACCGUCUUAACCGACCAUCGACAUCUUCCUUGUGGAGAAACAUUUUGUGCUCCAGACCUGAACUGCUUCAUUAAUAAUGGAAGUGCUCUGUGUGUCGACCCCUGUGAGCACUACACUGCACUGAGUGACUGGAGCCCCGUAAACGGAUGUGGUGGAAGUAUUGUCCCAGGAGGCUGGUACAGCUUUUUCUUGGGACAAACCAGAGCUCACAUCACUGAAACAUGUAAAAAUACAUGUGGGAGGUCUCACUUUAAACUGGCAGAACCUCAUCCCACGGAGUACAACCAAUCUGUAACACUGCCUGUGUGUUAUAGCUACACUGGAAACUGCUGCGACGUUUAUUAUCCCUAUUUCAUCAAGGUCAAACUCUGUUACGGAGAUUUCUACGUCUACAAACCGUUUGAUCAAUUUUCAUGCUAUUAUCCCUAUUGUGCAGUUCCUAAUCAUAGUUUUCGAGUAUCAGGACAAACUGAGACCAGCAUCACUCUGCAGUGGGAUAAUGUAAAUAACAGCAAUGUCAGCUUCAUCUUAGAGUUUAAUGGAACAGAAACAAACAUCAGUGCACCAAAUGGAGAUGGACAAAUAUUUUACACAAUCUCCUCCCUAACUGCUGGAACUAAAUAUACAUUCACUAUCUUCUCUGUGUUUGAGAACGUCAGAGGCAAAGCAACCAAUAUGACCGCAGUUACUGCUCCUCAGAAUCCCCAAAAUAUCAGGCAAACAACACAGAAUGAGAGCAGCAUCACUCUGCAGUGGAACAAAGUGAACAACGUCAGCUUUGUUCUUCAGCUUGAUGGCACAGAAACCAGCAUCACUGCCACAGAUGGAGAUGGACCAGUAACUUACACAUUCUCAUCCCUGACGGCUCAGACUAAAUACACGGUUAUUCUCUUCUCUGUGUUGGAGAACGUCAGAAGCAGCGGACAAAAGCUCACAGUGGUCACUGCUCCUCCAAAUGCCAAAAACUGUAAAGCAUCAGGACAGAAUGAGUCCAGCAUCACUUUGCAGUGGGAUAAAGUGAACACCAAUGUCAGCUUUGUUCUUCAGUUUAACGGCACAGAGACAAACAUCAGUGCUCCAGCUGGAGAUGCAGUGAUCCACCACACCGUCUCAUCUCUCACUGCUGGAACUAAAUACACAUUCACUCUGUUCUCUGUGUUUGAGAACGUCAGAAGUACUGGAGUGAACAUCACUGCAGCAACCGGGCUUAACUACGUCGUUGGACUGGACAUGGGAUUUAGGUCUUUUGGUGCGAUUACUGAAGCUGAAGUGCAGAGAGCCAUUGAAGAGUUUCUGCAAACAUAUGGACUUUCACCAAACGUGUUGUCUAUAAAAGUUAAACCUGUGCAACCGUGAGACAACAGGAGGAGGAUUUUCCUUCAAAACAGCAAAACCUGGAAAGUGAAUGUAAAAAAAAUUCAAGGAGUUAGGGAAUAAAAACUUUUUGACUUUAUUUCUGUACAUUGAGCUUAUAAUUAUUUUUUAUGACAAAUAUUCAAUGUGUGUUUGCAUCGACAUUUCUUUUAACAGUUUUAUAUUUUUGUCUAAAAAAAAACUACAAUAUAAAUGUAGCCAUAAACAAACAGAUGAAUGACUUUGCCACUUUAGAAUGGUUUUCCUAAGGACAGAAUUUUAAUCCUUUCCUGAUUUUUCAGUUGAUCAAAUAUAUACUAAUGUGCUUUACAAAAGGUUUAUGAGUUGAUUAUAACAAUGUAUAUUUUUAUUAAAAAAAAUGGGUAUUAUUCAUUAUAACUUUUAAAUUUUACUUUAAAUGAAUUUAAUCUUUAUGUGAUUUUUUUUCAUAAAUAUACAUUUGCAGAAUUAUGGUGUAAAACAAUAAUAAAAAUAUAAAAUAAAAAUGUUUUAGAAAAAGAAAUUCAACUUUUUGCUUCUUCAUUUUAAGUCAUCGCACUUUCAUAGUUUAUUAAGAUGAAACUUUAAUAAAUGUAUCUGAACAGGGAUUACAUUUAUUUUUGAUUUAAAUAAUUGUUUUCAGUUCAAAUCAACUUUUAGCUUGACCUUAAGAACAAUAUAACACUUUUAUUUGAAUUUUAUGUGGGUCAGAAUAAUGCAAUGCUUUUCUUUUAGCUGUUAAAAAAAUAUCAGUGAAAUGUUUUUUAUCCAGGAUGUUUCAAUAGCAGAAUAUUUUUUGACUUUUUUGUCUUUAUAUUAAGAAAGCCCAGUGGAUAAAAUGGAGAAGUUCCUUCAAUAAAAGAAAGAAAAAAGCUAAAAUUGUGUCUAGAAAAUCAAUUUUGAAACAUAAAGUGAGGAUGAAGCCUUUCUUAAACUUUAGUUGUACCAGAACUGCAAACAUCAUUAAAAAAGGACAUAGCUAAUGUCAGAGGACUAAAAGAUUACUGUAGAGCAGGAGUGUCCAAACUACGGUCUGUUUUUAUUGGCCCGCAGCAAAUUUUGAAAAUAUAAUUGAAUAUGGCCCGCACAUGGCGCUGUUGCACUUCUCAGUUUCAACACUAGAUGGAGUCGGUCACAGAAAGGUGUUGCGGAGUGGGUGUGUGCUGAGCGGGGCGCGUGCCACGAGAGAGGGGGGGAGGAGCGCCUGCAGGUGGAGAUGGGUGUGUGAGCACAGAGCGGAGGUGUGGGGGGGUCGAUAUAUUGUGUGUUCGGAGGACGGAACAUUUUAAUGAAUAGCAUUCUGAACUGUGAAAAAGUAUUUCCUUUAUGUAAAAAAGAACUUGUUGUUUUGUUUUUGGAAUUUCUUUUUGUUCAUAGCUGCAUAUUUUGUCACAGAGUGUAAUUGUAAAAUUAAGCUUUUUAAAUUGUGUGCGUUUAACAUUAAAAUUGUCCUCGUUGGUCACCCAUAAGCCCUUUUUCUUGGUCUACUUUUCUCAGAAAACAGGACUUCGACUUUUUAUAAUCUACAAAAUCGUGCGCUCUGCCAGUCAACCACACUAACGGCUAUGUAUGUAUGUAUGUAUGUAAAGACCGCUGGCUUCAGCUGCUCAAUAAACCUGUUCUGAACUGCC